AUGGAUUCAGAUCCUAAUAACGCGAGCUACGACCCUUGGUUGAGCCAACCACAAUACUUGCCCAUCCUAGAAAACGAUGACCAGCCUGACUCGCUACCAUCUCUUGCCUUCAUCGAUGAAGUUCUAAAUUCAUCUGAGGCGCUUCCUCCCCUAGUAUGUCACUCUGGCAUAAACGCCGAUCAUAACAGCCGUCCCAUGUUUGCGGCCUUGUUCGACGCGUUCAUUGCGCUCCCUCAUUCACCUGCACCAAGCGACCUUCCAGUCAUGACAUCCAGCGCAGAGGAGCGCGUACACCUCGCACGGUACAUUGCGGAAGAAUGCCUACAAAAUACGGUACAGGGCGGGUGUGCCGGGAUUUUUAAUGUCCUGGGAUAUAUGAUCAUGCGUGCCGCGAUGCGGAUCGAUCGUGAAUAUUUGUACGAGGUUGAUUUCACCGGGGCGGGGUAUGUUUCUGCUGGUUCUUCAUCUUCAUCUUCCUCUGGGUCAGAUUCUGGGUCAGCGGGUGGAUCAGAACUCGGAUCAGAGUCAGACUUUAAUGGACAUAAUGAAGUUGAUACGGCAAGAUGGAAAGGGGCAGGGGUAUCAAUGGAGAAAUUAAUCGCACUUGUGGAAGACAUUGCGUCCGCACUGGGGGAGCAGAAGAAAUUGUUUGCAGAAGUUCUUGGAGAAAAGCUGAUCGGUACCACCAAGUUUGUCUGGGAUAAAAACAUGUUCCCAGCUAUGAGGAAAAAAGUUUUCCGGGAGUCUCAUCUGGAGGUUCACAUGCGUCGGGCAUUCCGUUUCAGUGCGUUUCUCGGGGAACUCUUUGUCCGCGACAUCAUCUUUCGUAACACGCUCGACGCAUGCAUUAGCAUCAUACUUGAGAACGAUUUGGAUACACGCGGAGAGGCAUGUAUCGACCAGUUGGUGGCUCUUGCUGUGGUGCUGGACACUGCUCGCGGGAAGAUGUGGGACGUUAAUUUGAUUAUGCACGGAGAACUGGCCGACUCUUCCGUUUCUCGGGAAGAGCAGCGGAAGAAAGCAAAGGAAAAUGAAGUACACAAAUUCAAAACUCGACUUGAACUUGCGGUAAAUGACAUUGUGGCGACCGAAGUAGGAUAUGCGCGGACGCAGAAAGUAAAUCAUAAACGGGAGGUGCAAACUUGGAUGCGCAAGAAGGGGUUGAAAUUCUGGGAAAUGGAGGCAAAAUAUGUGAUGGGUCGGUUAAACGCAAUUGUAUACAGGUGGUCGGGGAUAUAA